AUGGAUGAAAUACUGCUUCCAACAACAACUGUCUCAACUACGACAACAACAAAUUCAAGUUCGCAAAAGCAAACCGAACACGAUGAAGUCGAUUUAAAGUUAUUUGACAAAGCAAAGAUUAGCAGCGAUAUGGAAAAUCGCACGCGCGAUGUCGAUGGUGAUGGCAAUGUUAAUAGCGAUCACUCCGGUGAUGAAGGUGCUAACAAGGUACGUUUUCAAGAUGAGCUUGGAAUGGAUAUGAAGGAGCCAAAAUUGGAAGGUGCAGAAUUAAACGAUGAUACGCCAUCCAAAAAGCAGAAAACCAAAAAGGAGUUGGAAGAAGAGGAGCGCGAAAAAAUGCAAGUGCUCGUUUCCAACUUCACCGAAGAGCAGCUCGAUCGCUAUGAAAUGUAUCGCCGUUCGGCAUUUCCCAAAGCGGCAGUGAAGCGCCUCAUGCAAACCAUAACCGGCUGCUCCGUAUCACAAAAUGUUGUGAUCGCUAUGUCGGGUAUAGCGAAGGUAUUUGUUGGUGAAAUUGUGGAGGAGGCUUUAGAUGUUAUGGAGUCGGGAGGUGAGAUCGGCGCUUUGCAGCCCAAAUAUUUACGUGAAGCGGUGCGCCGCUUACGACAACGUGGCCGUAUGCCUAUAGGGAAAUUUCAAAAACCAUACUUUCGCUUAAAUUAA